CCGGAGCCACCGGGACCCUCCCGAACCACCCCGGGACCCUCCGGGACCCCUCAGGAGCCGCCCGGGCCCCGGUGCCGCCGCCAUGUCGGACUCCGGCCAAAGCCCCGCCCCCGGCGCGCGGCGCCGCUGCUGGAACCGAGAGAAGGAAACGGAGGGAGGUGGAGAGAGGAGGGAGCAGGGGGAGGAGCCAGCGGGGCCCCUGCAGAAGACGCCAAUCAUCCUGGCCAAGCCCCCGGCCGAGCGGCAGGCGCCUCCGGCCGCCCCCAAGGCGGGGCCGGUGCAAGCCCCGCCCCCUCCCGCGCCGGCCCCGCCCAUCGUGCUGAUGAAGGCGCGGGGGGAGGAGGGGCGCGGAGGGGGCGUGGCCUCGGCGGCGGCGGGGGAGGGGCCGGCGCAGGCCCCGCCCACCGAGAGGGAGGGGCCACGCCCCACCCAGCCCGUCUAUCAACUGCACAGCCGGGGCUUGGCCCCGCCCGCCGCGCUGGACCCGGCGCAGGCGCAGGCGCGGCUGGCGGCGCCCGAGAAGAUGAAAACCAGCAUCAAACUGGUGGACGAGCAGAUGAACUGGUGCGACAGCGCCCUCGAGUUCCUGCUGGAGCAGACGGACGUGCUGGUGGUGGGGGCGCUGGGGCUGCAGGGCACCGGGAAAUCCACGGUGAUGUCGCUGCUGGCCGGGAACCAGCCCGAGGAGGACCCGCGGUACUGGGGGGACUGGGAGGGACUGUCGCUGCAGAUCGCGGCGUUCCUGUUCACCGUGUGCCACGUGGUGCUGCUGGUGCAGGACUGGUUCACCGACCUGGCGCUCUACAG